AUGAAUCACUCGUUUACAGAAAUUUUGAAGGGUAAGCUUUCAAUUAGGAGAAAGUCAAACGUUCCAUCUAGUUAUUCAUCUAGUUUGCAGCCAGAGGCAAUUUCUAAUCUUAAACUACCAGGCAGCGAACCGCAUUUGGGUUCAGACGCAGAAUUUGAAGAAUUGAAUUCAAUCCAGGAGGAAGGGUCUAUUAUAUCUGAUCAGCGGUCCGGUGGUUUGCGACUUGAUUCUCGUUCGUGCAGUUUCUUAGCAGUUUACGAAAACUCUACUCGUGGUGCCAUAGAUAGUCAGAAUGUCGCAAAGGGAAAACUACGAAAGCUUCGUAAUAGAGUGAGUAGUAUACCUAAUUUCCACCUACGAAAUAAUGCCUCAGAAAAAAAGGUUUUGGAUGCUCCAAUCUCAAUUUCUAAGUCAAAUAAGAAGAAGAUAUUUACAACAUCCUGGCUACAUUCCGUUGCGCACAAAGAUAGACGAAUAACUAGCCCGAUUGUUCCAACGAUAAAUGUGACGCCAGAGCCUCCGAGUAAUACUUUAGUGAGGUGCAAAUCUAGGUUUCUUGCGGAUACAGCAUCAGAGGUACAAGAUUUUUAUGGCGAACGGACGUAUCGAAAACGGCAUCCUUCGCAGAAUAGCUUUGAUACUGAUUAUAUGACUAAGUUUCAAGGUUCCAGGUUCUCAUCCUUUGCCCACCCUGUGAGGGAUAAUUCGUUGGAUUAUUCACUACUCUCGGUUGAAACCCCGAUUGUAACACGCGUACGUAGCAGGACUGUUGAUUCAACAGAUAAUUCACUCUAUAACAAAUCCAUGGACCCUAUACAUCGAAUGAGAUCCAAUAGUUCUUUUUCCAAUGUUACAAAUCCGUCCGCAAAAUAUGUUAGUCAAUAUCGCCAACCCAUGACACCACUUAACUUGUCAACUCCCAGAGAUUCAAUAUCCUCUCAUGGGGCUGCUCCUGUGGGAGCAAUAACCAGCACACAUUCAUUAGUAAAAACUAAAAGAAGUGGUUCUUUUGCUGCUGUAAUUGGCAAUAUAGUUUCUAUGAGAUCCUCAAGUGUUUUGGUAUCUAGAAGACCUCCGGUUCCUCUAUGUCUAGAUUGUUUAGACCCACCACCAAGUGCCUCUGAAUUUUCAACGGAACACGAAUAUAUCGAAGAGCUGCUAAGUUAUGGGAGGUACAUUGCGACAAUAUUAUGCAAUGAUGAUGAUGAGUUCAAACUGAGGUGUCUACAUUACUACAUCUCUACAGAAUUUGAUUUUUCCAACGAACCUUUGGAUAUGUCAUUGCGAAAACUGCUGCUUCUAUUAGAUUUACCUAAAGAAUCGCAGCAAAUAGACAGAAUGAUGAAAUGUUUUUCUGAGGUUUAUUUCCAGCAAAAUGAAGAGAAUAUAAUAUGGGGAGACUCGGAAAAUAUAUUCAAAUUUACCUUUUAUCUUCUAUUGCUGCAUACCGAUUGUUUCAAUUCGAACAACAAAAACAAGAUGUCCAAAAUCGAUUUUGUGAAAAUGGUGCACGAGGAUUUUAAAAACAUUCCUAAGGAAAUUGUUAAGUACUUUUAUGAAAACAUUACAUCUAAGGAAUUUCCCCAUGUGUUGCUGCCUCCGUAUCUUCCUUCAGAAGAUGAUCUGGAUCACUAUUCACUGCAAAUAUUUGAUGGAGAUGACAUUUUUUCUCCCAUGUCAAUUAUCAAGACACAGUAUCUGUUGCAACGACCGGAACUGUGGGUUCAGAAGGGUAAAGCCAGUUCUAUUAAUUUCCUUAAUGGCUCGAGUUAUGUAUCAUCCACAUCAAGUGUCAUACAUAUUCUAAACGAUGAUAUUGAUCCUUAUUACCAUAUCGCAAAUGAUUCAGUGAGUACUAUUUCAUUAAGAGUUGAUAUGGAAAAAGAUGGAUGUUUAAUUCCUCUAAUUGAUAUCCUUCAGGAACCUAAAUUGGAAUUAAGCUGUAAGAGUAUAGCAACACUUACUGAAAUUAAAGGUGGCUAUUUCCAGAUUCCUGAACAUUUAACGAGUACUGUAAUUGGAAUCCCAUUUCAGCCAAUAGAGUCGUUAAAAAGUAAUACAGCUCCUGAACACAGGUAUUUGAAGAUUAUUCAUAUUGGGAAGCUUGAGGAGAUGAUGGUUAAGAAAUUUUCUUUAGUCAACAACAAUAAAAGGCAUUCCCGAAAAUUGCAUCAUGCUAUACUAACAACUUCAGUAUUCCUCCUUAUUGAUGGUUCUUAUUCGAUUAAUCCACGUAUUGAAACAGAUGCUGCUUCAACUGUCUCAAAUAUUAUUAUUGAAUGUCCCCCACCCUCUUCAAUACUAAAGGUAUUGGAUUGUAACGGAUUGUUUGCAACGGAACAGUCCUGUAUUACAGCUCCUCCUAGGGAUCAGAAAGAUAAUAUACUACAUAUACACAGCAGCUCUAGAAAUUAUAUUUUUAGGUGUUCAUCCGAUGCGGAUAAAAGUGCUUGGAUCCAGUCGAUCAACAUGGUAGCUGCAAUGUCGAAUUGUUAUGUUAAUAUCCCAUCAAUUGCUGAUACUAUUGUAGCUGUUCCAAAAUGGACUCUUGAAGAAAGAUCCAGCAAAUUAAAAGUAUCCUUAGAAGAAAAGAAAUUGAAAUUUGAACAUAUCUUAACAGUGUUGAGAUGUUGUCAAAAUUUGGUUCCCACCAGUUCGAAGACAAAAUCGCGUUUGCUGAACUUCGUGAAACAAACACAAAAGAGACUGGAGUGGGCAGUUUAUGAAAUUAGAAGGAACCAAAUAUAUUUGGGUAUUAUUCAUAAUAUCAUGACGGUUAGCAACGAGGCAUAUAUUCCGAGCCCAUAUGACCAAGCCACCAUUGAUGAUAGUUUCUUAUUUAAAAAUAUCCAGCAUAAAUCACCAGAAAAAACUGCAUGUAUAAAAUAG